AGUACUAAACUCUUUAAUAAUUUCAUAAUAAAAUUAAUGGAUGAACCAUCACCAAUCGUAUUUACUAUAAGCCGCACACUCAGUAGGUAUAGCGACCACAAAGCGGACACACAGCUUGUAACCGCUCAAAAUGCAACUUGUGUUUAUUUGUGUUGUAUUCCUGAGUAUUUACCUGAACACUUCCAUUGCAACAUAUGUGACUGAACCAGGUACAGGCAAAACAGGCUUCCGCCACGAUUAUCAAUACCGCAAGGAUGCGAAGGGGUGGUUCAAGUUUCACCAGAUCCCGGCCACUUGGGAGAACGCGCGGAUCAAAUGCUUCCAUGAAGGCGCAGUGCUAGCCUCACCCCUCAACAAGGAGAUACACACUGUCAUGCAAGAUAUCUUGAAGGACGAAAGGCAAAUGGCCUUCACUGGCAUUCAGUCGCUCACUUCCGUAGGGGACUACUUCUCUAUUGAAGGUGUUCACUUUAGCGAGAUGCCUAUAGAGUGGCGCGCGGAUGAGCCGAACAACCUGGGCGAUGAGGAGCACUGCCUUGCCAUGUGGCGCGACGGCACUCUCGCUGACGUCAGCUGCGCCAACACCAGAUCAUACAUCUGCUACAAGAACAAGACUUCAGAUCUGUUCAUAAACUCUUGCGGUACCAGUGAUCAAGCUUACUUGGAGGUGUCUCACGGCCAGUGCUACAAGUUCCACCCCGAGUGUCUGUCGUGGAAGCGCGCCCACGUGGUGUGCUCCGCGGAAGGCGGCCAUCUUGCCGUCAUCAACAGCGCCGCGGAGGCACGCCUACUUCAAGAGCUGUACGCUAAGAAGUUUGAAACUAUCAGCAGAUGCAACAGCAUAUUCAUGCACUUCGGCUUCCGUAAUCCCGAGGAGAACGACUCGCCUUACUGGUUCACCAUAGACGGUCAGACGUUAGAGGAGGCCGGGUUCGCCGUGUGGGCGCCGAACCAGCCAGACAACUUCCACAGCGUGGAGUACUGCGGCACCGCGGUAUUCCGCAACGCGACAGACGAGACGAUGAUGGCACUCAACGACAUAGGCUGCUCCACACGCCUCUCCUUCAUAUGCGAGAUCAAUGGCGCGAGGACCCCGUACAACGAACAAUCCGAAGAACAACAUUAAAAUGUGUUUUCAUGCAAUUUUUGUUUUCUUUUUUAAAACAAGCAGUCGUGUCGCCUGAUUAUAAGUUGUUGAGUUGUUAACUACGUUGGAGAGGAUUGCUUCAACUUUUAUUGGCCAUCAAGAAAAUCUUUUUGUUUCAUAACCAUAAUCAUAAUCAUAAUUGCUUCAUGUUGGUACAUACAUGGGUUCUUAAAUUUAAAAUAAAGAUUCACAGCAUGAGCCCUGCAAGGGCAUUGCAAAUUUUCUUAAUUUCUAACAAACAAUAGUAACACCUAAUAGUAAUACAUGUGAUAAUUAUGCUUAUAUAUUAUUUCAUUAUUUGUCCUGAUUAAAUAGAAAUAACAUUAAUGAAAUAUUUACAUUUAAUUAUUUUUAAUUAUAUUUGUUUGUUUGAGUCUUUCUAUGUUGCUGCUCCUGCACCAACGCUUUAACAAGAGUAUUUAGUUGAGCGAGAAUUUUCUCUUUGUGAUUCUCCUUAUAUCUUUUGAUCUCUUGGCAAAUUUUUUGGCACAUAAAUAAAUGUCAAUUUGUUUUAUUUACCUUUUCAAGUAUAUUUUUUUUAAAUAAAAAGGUCCGGCUGACUCCACUCCACCUGAUGGCCGUGAACGCGAAUUUUCUCUAGUAUUUCUUAGACUGCAAAGCAGCGCCAUCUCUUCGCAUUGUAGGUAACCCACGAUGCCAAAUCAAAUACCUUUACAAGUAUUCAACAUCUAAAAGAAGAAAUAGCAAAUGUAGUUUAUUAUAUUUUUUUUAUUUUUUAAGCAUUUAUCUGCUAGUUGUUUAAACCUAAAGAAUAUUUUACGAGAAUUAAAUUUCCGGACCAGGCAGCAGAUGGGACUCGAACCCGCACCUUCGCAAUUUUCUUUGAAUCGCGCUGAAGGUACUACAUAGAUUUUGAUUGCAUAAAUCGACAGAAUAAUAGUCUUUCAUAUUAAAGUGGCCAAAAGUCCGGUUUUCGUAAUUUUUAUAAGUAUUUAGGACACAUCGUAUGUAUGUAAUGAGGAGCUCGAUGGCGCAGGUGGUUAGCGCGUUCGGCUGCGAUCGUUGUAGUUAAGCAACUUUCGCAGUGGUCGGUCAUUGGAUGGGUGACCAAAAAUUUCUAUCUCGAGUUCCUCCGUGCUUCGGAAGGCACGUUAAGCCGUUGGUCCCAUUUGCAUCUGCAGUCGAUAGCACCCACCAAUCCGCACUGGGCCCGCG